UGUUCGGGCAGUGGCGCAACACCACCGAAUUUGGUUCGGAAGCAACGUCGUUUCGUAACUUCCGUUUGCGUACAGAAUCAAAUCAACGCCGUCGACGUCGGCUUCUUCUUACACCCGCACUUGACUUUCCAGUUUCCAGUUUCCACUGAAACAACAACCGGAGAGAGAAGUAUGACCAAUCGAUCACUAGACUCUCUUCCCCCUACCGAAACCCUAGAAAUCGAAACCGGCCUCUCCCUGACCCCGCGCGUCAAACUCCUCCUCACCGUCCACCGCGCCGACCGCUCCGUCAAGCCCCUCGACGAGUGGAAGCUCAAGCGUUCCCUCAUCGACUUCCUCAAAGCCUCGUUCUCCGUCACCCUCUCCGACGAGGACGUCGCCGUCAGAAAAUUCAAGGACGCCAAGAAGCGCAAGCGCGAGGACUCCGUCGCCCGCGGCGCGCUGUUUAUAAGGGAUCUUGGGUUUCUGUCGAAGCCUUUUUCGAGGUCGGGGGUUGGUGGUGAGGGGAGAGAGGGUGUUGAGGAGCUGGAGAGGAAGUUUGUGGAGUGGAGGAGAGGGGUUGUGGAGAAGACGGAUGGGAUUGAGUUGAAUCUGGAAGGGGUGAAGUUUAGGCUGAGUGUUGCUGUGCCGGUUACGGAUGAUUUUGAGGGGAUGAGGAAAGAGUGGGAAGAGCUUUCUGCGUUUGGUAAUCGAGGGUAUUCAAGAGGUGGGAGGCAGCAGCCUGAUACCAUUGUGUUGAGAGGUGUUCCGUCGCGGUGGUUUGCUGAGCCACGAGUUUCUUCUAAGCCUUCAAUGCUUGUCACUCAUACAAUCUUUUCUGCAUUUGGGAAGAUAAGGAAUCUUAAUGUUGCUGAGGACGAUGAUUUAGGUAAGGAUGAGGAUGAAGAUAGUGGGGACAUUGUUUCAGGUCUCCAGUGUAAGAUUGUUGUUCAGUUUGAGAAAUACAAGGACUUCCAUACUGCAUUGAAAGUUCUCUCUGGCCGCUCUUUGCAAAAGCAAGGAUCACGUUUGAAAGCUGAUUAUGAGGUCACUUGGGACAAGGAUGGCUUCUUUCGAAAUACUAGGAACGAAACACAGGACAAGAGUAUCCGGAUGCCACCAUUGGGUGCUGGAAAUUAUAGAAGUGAAGCUUACAGGCGUCAAUCGCACUUUUCUCGCUACAGCCCUGACAAUGAGCGCACAAAGAGAUUCAAGGAAUGAGUAAUGGAACGGACUCAAUCAAAGAUAAUCGAGCCCAAGGAUCGGAUAGGACUCUUGAUGUGGAACGAGUAAUGGAAUGGACUCAAUCAAAGAGAAUCGACCCCAAGAAGUGGAUAUGAUUCUUGAUAUGGUAAACUAUUUGAGCCAUUUGUUGUACCAUAGUUUAUUUACACUGGUGGAAUAUUUUGAGUUUUGUCAUCCAAAUCCAAUUAAAUAUUAGGGUUUGAGUAGCUGCAACCGUACUCAUUGAUUUUUGCUAAUUUUUGUUUUCGAACUAAAUAGAAGUGAUAAUGUGUGAACCAAUCAAACAGCCAAAUUCAGGGAUGUUGUCUCUCAACAUUCUAUAAGCUACUGUAUAUGUUUUCCCGGUACAAA